CCGUUGGCCGUGUAGUCUUAGUGGUAAACUAGAAAUUGAUCUGCUGAAUUUGAACAUGUCAUUGUCAAACGUGUAAAAGGGUAAAAAAGAAUAUAUUGCUAGUAUCGAUUUCAGCUAGUGCAAAACCAUAUUUCUGUCAAGUUUAAUCAAUGUACUUCACAAAUAUUUAUAAAUAGAUGCCUCCUUAUAUUUCUACAUUCUAACACAAUACCCCUUUGUGCAAUAUCAAUUGGUUUGGAAACUGGUCUAAUACCAGGUCCCGUCAGUAGAUAUACUAGCAUCACAUGGUGGAACAAUCUGAGAAUUGAUGAGACCGGGUUGAUUAAUGAGCACUUGAAAGGAAAGGUCAGUUCUUCCUAUGAUAAAUCUGUCUACCUUCAUACUUUACAUUCAAUGCAGUAGCCAUAACUUAUUUUAUAAUUUGCCUUCCAUCGUUAACCCUGAAUAUUUUUCCUUUCAAGGUUACAAUCUCCAAUAAUUUGUUGCCAAUUUGAUGAGCAAUUCAUAUGAGAAGUUUUCCAUGCAGUUGAUUGUAGUCAUAUUAGGACAAUGGAGAGAUAAAAAAAAAAGGGUAACAUUACAAAAGAGAUAUAGCAGGUGAAUACCACAUCCAUCCAAAGUUGGAAACUAAAAUUACGGCACAGAAAAGGAAGGAAGGAAACAAGCGUUGUCCUUUAAACCUUUUCCUCUGUUGAUAUUCCAGUCUGAGGUGCCUUUCUCUCUGCUCUGUCAUUGUCAUGUUAUGACAUCAUAACCUCACGAUUGAUUGCUAUAGCACACGGCUGUCUUGCCAUUCAAAAUGUCAAAUAAGACCUUCUAGGGUAUAGCAAUGUGUGAUGAAACAUCCUGUCUCUUCAAGACUUUCCAUGGAAUGAUUUUAACGGAAGGUUGUAAGGAAUAAAAGUUAAGAUUGGCAUUUUGUAAAACUUGUUAUAUUUAUAUUAUUAUAAGUGAAAACUUGUCUUAGCCUUUGAACUAAAACAAGGUGCAGUGCAUUGGUUGCCACAUGUUAUGAAAUAUGUAACUAAGAGAUGCUAAACUGUGAUUUCUACUUGUUCAAGGAGUAAUAAACAAAGGUUAUUACUUGUACAUGGAUUUAACGGGAAGGCAUGUAAUUGAUAUCAGUUAUUUGAUGCUCAUCUUAGAGUCUCCCGUGCCUCCAGGGUUCUCAGAGUAACCCAAUAUUAAGAAGCGAGAAGAGAAGUGAUGAUGGAUCUCAGGGUAGUUUCGUGUACAGCCAACCCUCCCUUCCAGCGGUGUGACUUUAGGACGACAGGCACUGUACGCAAUCUGUCGCAGAGAAAUAAUUGAAGGAUUAGGGUGCCCUCGUUGUUAGGGUAAGGUGUAGAGUGAUGUGUAAACAAAGUGGAGUUCAUAUUCAAAACUUUGAGGCUCUUCAAGAUAGAUUGAUGUACGAACUUGCCGGUAUUGCCUUUCUUUUUUUUCUUGAGAAGAGAAGUGCCGAUGUAGGAUGUGGAAGCAGAAAAUUUAAUUGUAAUUUUAUUAUUCACUGAGCUUCCGCUGUUUAUGUAACUAUGAUUAGUUAACUUUUAAUGUUAUUGCUAAAUUGUCAUUUGUAAUACCUUGUCAUAAGAAAUUAGCUUAACUAAAAAAAAUAAUGCCUAUAGAAAUGAAAAUACUAAAGAAACAUGCUCAUAUUGUCAUGAAUUUGAAUUGUAUAAUGAGAAGAAAAUUGGUGGAAUAGUUGAAUUAAUUGGUGAAGGAGAAUGGCUUUCAGUGAUUCCCAACCAUUGUGGGGGCCAAGUCAGACCAUGGAGUACCAGAGCAAGAGGGAGUUUACGCCUCCUAAAUCUCCUACGAAGAAUGUGAGUUUCUCCAAGUGGUUACUGCGAAGUGGCCAGCUGACGCGACUGAUCAUCAUGUUGUUGGUUAUGCUGAUUUUGCUUCCAUUGGUGACCCAUUAUUACCUGAGCAAUUCAGAUCUAGACUCACUAGAUCAAAGGAGUUUUAGUAUAACCUUGGAUGAAAUGAUUGCAUUGAAGCCUAGUGAGCUAAAGUCACAUCUAGUGGAGCUAUAUCGCAUUAAAAAUUCUGUUCAAAUGGAGUUGCGGCAGUUGGAGGAGAGGCGGAAAUUGUUGCAAGCUCAAGUCACGCGUUUGUCGAUGCAGUCGGAGCAAGCGCAGUCGGGGGUUCGCAGCGCCAUAGCAGAAAGAGAUCGCAUUAAGGAUCAGAUCCAACAGACGAUCAGAGAUCAGAGUGAGCUUGUAGAGAGGAGUCUUCGACACAUCUCUGCUCCUUAUCAGAUUCUACCUAAUCAAGAAGACAGUGGAGAUAUCGAGCCACCUAGUUUGCCUACACGAUGCUUGCAGCAUACAUGCUUUGAUUACUCAAGAUGCUCGCUCACGUCAAGAUUUCCAGUAUUUAUGUAUAAUUCUAAUGAUUUAUGGCGCGGUGGGAGCAAGUUAGACUCCACGAUAAAGCUGACAGUCACAAAUGCAUUUGGUCGCAGUUCUUAUCUAACGCGUGAUGCCAACUUAGCCUGUGUGUAUGUGGUGCUAGUGGGAGAGUUGGAGGAUCAGGGUCAUUCACCUAGUAGUCAUGAGCUUGAAGUAGGUCUACAUAAACUACCAUACUGGAGGCAUGAUGGUAGGAACCAUCUGCUCCUGCACCUUGUGAGAAGUCUUUCCAACAGGAACAUUCUGCAGAAUGUCAAUACAGGACGCGCCAUUGUUGUUCAGACACCCUUUGUGAAUUCACAGUUUCGCUCAGGGUUCGACAUCGUCGCUCCGAUGCUGCUUGGUCUUAGCUCUGAAACAGACUGGAAGGAAGUUCCUGCAGUUCCUGCCAGGAGGAAAUAUCUUAUUACAUAUCAGGGAUCAAAACCAACUCAGACUAUGGUGCAGACAGAAUAUGUAGACAACAAUGCCCCUCUCAGUAGGAGGCUUAAAGAUGUAGAUAGGACUAAAUCUGUGGAGGAUCUUAUGAUUCUAGAAAUGGAGAAACUGAAGUCUCUCUCGGAUGAUAAAGUCCACCUUGAUUUUACUUGUAAAUCCUUUAAAUCAUUUGAAGGCAUUGAUGCCUCAGACUGGAAACUAUGCAGUACAAAGAUAGAGCGGUUAAAGCUCUUAAAGCAAUCAACUUAUGUAAUAAUUUUAAGUCCAGGAGACCAUAUAGUAUCUUCCACCACUUUCUACACCCGCUUCUUUGAAGCCCUUCAAACUGGUGCAAUACCUGUCAUUGUAGGAGAGCAGAUGCAGUUACCCUUUAGUGAAUUUACUUGGAAUGAAGCAGCUAUAGUGCUUCCUCGUUCCAGAAUAACAGAACUCUACUUCUAUCUCAAGACAAUCCAAGACAAUGAUAUCCUCAAGCUCCGGAGACAAGGAUGGUUCCUAUGGACAACUUAUCUAUCAAAUACAGAUGCAGUCAUCAACGGCAUCCUUGCCAAUCUAAGAACUAGAAUAGGAAUUCCAGCCAACGUAGUGCCCCAGGAGAAAUCCCUUGAUCUGUUCACAGAGGACUUUCCUCAGAAGACGCAACGAGCGGAGCAGAUGUAUCCAGAGUCGGACGGUCUCCCACCCCCUGAGCUUCCUUUCCCCUCGCCAAAGUUCCUCAGGAAUUUCACCUCCAUUGCAAUGGACUCCCACUUCACAUGGAACAACCCCCCGGGAGCCCAGUACUUGUUCCCCUUCACUCCCUUUGACCCUGUCGUCCAUUCGGAUGCCAAGUUUGUGGGCUCGACCCUUGGGUUUCGUCCGAUAGGAGGUGGAGCUGGAGGCUCGGGCAAGGAGUUCCAGGAGUCUCUUGGAGGUAACGUCCCCAGGGAGCAGUUCACCAUUGUCAUGCUGACCUACGAGAGAGAGGCAGUGCUCAUGAAUUCCUUGAUCCGGCUCAUGGGAUUGCCUUUCUUGAAUAAGGUUGUGGUUGUCUGGAACUCCCCUGAGAUGCCACCUGCUGAUCUGGUCUGGCCUGAGAUUCAUGUUCCUAUAAAGGUGGUGAAGACAACGGUGAACAGUCUGAAUAACCGCUUUCUGCCUUAUGAUGAGAUUGAGACGGAAGCCAUCCUGUCCCUGGAUGAUGAUGCUCAUCUCAGACACGAUGAGAUUCUCUUUGGUUUCAGAGUGUGGCGGGAAUCCCGAGACCGCGGGGGGUUCCCGGGUCGCUACCAUGCGUGGGAUCUCAACUAUCGCAAUGGAUUCCUCUACAGUGCCAACUACUCCUGUGAACUGUCCAUGGUUUUAACAGGUGCUGCCUUCUUCCACAAAUACUAUACCUAUUUAUACUCCUACGUGAUGCCCCAGCCCAUUAGAGACAAGGUGGAUGAAUACAUGAACUGUGAGGACAUCGCAAUGAACUUCCUCGUCUCGCAUGUGACUCGCAAGCCACCUGUCAAGGUGACGUCCCGUUGGACAUUCCGCUGCGCUGGAUGCCCCGAAGCACUCUCCAUGGAUGACUCUCACUUCCAAGAGAGACACAAGUGCAUCCAUUCUUCACUAAGGUGUAUGGCUACACCACCGCUUCUUUUCACACAGUACAGGGUGGACUCUGUGCUAUUCAAAACCCGUAUUCCACACGAUAAGCAAAAGUGCUUCAAAUUCAUCUAGGAGACAGUUCAUCACCUGGCUGGCAGAGGGCGUUAGCUCAAAUUUCAGGUCAAAAAUGAAACGUUAAGCAGAAGGGCGUUAGCACUAAAAUCGCCUCAAACUUUUAUAAAACUGACUUUUUUCUGAGAAAAAAAAUGUGGCCGUUUUCUACUAUAACAUUUCUAUAAGUUUUAAACCAAUUUUGGGGACGGAAAGCAGUUUAAAUAUUAAACAAAUCUUUAAAUGUGAAUAAUUUGAAAAAUAGUUUUUGAGUCACUCACGCGCUAACACCCUUCUGCCAGCCGGCCGACGAGUUGUGGACAGUUCCAUACAUGACUUAUUUACACUCCGUAUUAAGUGGACUCGGUGUUAUUCAAGACCUGUAUUGCACAUGGUAAUCAGGGGGGUGUUUCACAAAGAUCCAAAGUUUAAUUUAUCUCUUAGUUGGACUUAAAAAUUAUGGAAAGCCAUCAGCAUCUUUGAAAAUAUUUUGUAAAAGUUAUUUUAAAAGGCAUAAAAUGUUAAUCCGAAAAUUAAUAUUUUCUAUUAUCAAGGAGAUUUCAUGUUUUUGAUGUGGAAUUUAUGAAAAGUCUAAAAUACUUAAAUGUUUCCUUUUGAAUAUAUUUCAUUUUAAGGCUACAAAUGGCUCUCCAUAAUAUUCAAGUCCAACUUAGAGUUAAUUUAGACUUACAGUGUAGGAUCUUUGUGAAACACCCCCCCAGGAGUGCUUCAAAUUCACCUGAUAACGGUUUAUACACCAAGGUAUAGGGUUAUAAACUGCUUCUUAUUAAUUGAUUUCUCUUACAUUUUAUGUCAUAUUGCUGGGUUAUGUUUGAAUUAUAAUUAUUUGCCAAGGCCAGAUUUCCAAAUUUAUUGUGUAGUAACUUUUUAUACAGUUAUGAUAAUCAUUCAUGCGUAUUUUGCACCUGUAAUUCAGCUACCGGUACUAAUCAUUACAACUCAGAAAAAUGUGUGCAGCUCAUAUUAUAGGAAAGGUACAGGUCAACUUUGUUUCUGUGAACUGCAAUUGCUGGUGGCAUGGCUUUUAAUUCCAUUCUGAGAAUUUGGGAUGAAAUUGAAGUAGUGCAAGUUGAAACAUAACACCGUUUUAUUCUGUUCUUUGACUUUUGUUCAGAUCUUUAAUUUUGUAAGAAAUAUAAAACAUUUCGGACCCUCUUUAUCCACAAUGAAUUUACAUAGGUAUGUGAGUAGAAUCUCAGAAAUUUAUAUCAAAAGGUAAUAGGCGGGAAUUCUAUUCUAUUAAAGUAUUUAUUAUAAAAAGCAGGUUUACAUUAAGUCUUGAUAUAGUAAUUAAACGUGCCAUGGGAAUCACCCCUUCAGUAUGUAAUUAUGUUGAUAGAAUAAUAAUCAUUGGAGUUGAACAAUAAUAAUCAGUACUAAUAAUAUUCAAAUUACAGUUGAAAUUAUUUAGAAGGUAACAUAUAAUGUUGAUAAUGUAGGUGAUGGGGUUCUAUUAUGGAGUUGUUUUGGAGAGAGAAUACUUUCAUGAACCUUUAAAGUAAAGUAUAUACCUUCCAAUCAUGUCCUCAAAAGUACAAUUACAGAUAUACACCAACUGGAGUUUCAGUGACUAAUACUUAAUCUAAUUGUUCUAUGAUAUUUAUGUUUUAAGUUAAUAUACUAAUAUUUAAAAUGUAAGUUAUGUGAGGGAGAAACAAGAUAUGUUUCCUUCGGUAUUGCAAGAGAAAAAAGUGUCGGGUUCAAUUGUUAUUUGGUUAUGGGUGAGAGGCAGACAUGUUGUUUGAAUUAAGAUUUCUUAAUUUCUUUUUGGUAGAUUUAUUUUGUCAAAAGAGAUUAUCUUUGAUUUAAUGGGAUCCAGACAGUGCCCAAUAUUUUCCUUUUUUUUGGCUCUUUUUACAGCCCAAUUUGAGAGGGGAAAAUGUGCAAAGUACACAUGCAUGUAUCAAAACACUCAUUUGCCAAAAGAUUUUUAGCCUUUAUGAUAGCCAAGAAAGAGAAAAGUAGGCACUAUCGGGAUCCCCUUUUAAGAUAUAAAGGCUAAAGUCUACACUUUAUUUUUUUAAAUUUUUUGUUCAACUCCAUUGUUGCAUGAGGUAUAACACAGAAAAGUUUUUGCCUAUUUCUGAUGUACAGCGAUCUUGCUCUAUAAAGAUACAUUGAUAUGAUAUAAGAAAUUUUGAAAUUGAAGAAGAAAAGAAUUACAUUCUGCUUACAUGUUACUAUACAUGUGAUGGCUGAAAUUGAUGAAGUUGAAAAAUGAAUUGGGGUCAUUGGAAUAGGUGUUAUCAUUUUUUCUUCUUCUUUUUCUGCACAUAGUUAUGUGUUAUACCAAAGCAUUUGUUGUUUUAUAUGAAUAUAUUUUGUUCUGAAAAUGAAGUAUUAAAUCAUGAAUUGUUUUAAACUUGA